AUGGCAGAAGCUUUCCUUCAAGUUGUGCUAGACAAUCUGAGUUCUUUCAUCCAAGGGGAACUUGGAUUGCUUUUUGGUUUUAAGGAGGAGUUUGUAAAUCUCGAAAGCUUGUUUUCUACAAUCCAAGCUGUGCUAGAAGAUGCCCAGAAGAAGCAAUUUAAGGACGAAUCAAUAAAGAACUGGUUAAAGAAACUCAAUAUUGCUGCAUAUGAAGUUGAUGACAUCUUGGACGAAUGCAAAACUAAGGCCACACGAUUAAAGCAGUCUGAAUGUGGGUGUUAUCAUCCAAAGGUUAUCAGUUUCCGGCGCAAGAUCGGGAAAAGGAUGAAAGAAGUGAUGAAAAGACUAGAUGCAAUUGCUAAGGAAAGAAGAGACUUUCAUUUGAACGAAAUGACUACAGAGAGACAAGCUACUAGACGGGAAACAGGUGCUCAUCUCUAAAUAAGUUUUACACAAAUUAGUACAUUACAACAACUUAGUUUAUAUUCUUUU